GGAUAACUGGAGCUUCGGCUUAAGUCAACUGUAUCACGUCGGGAUCAAGUAGUACACUCUGCCUCGUUGCGUCGUGCACACUUCGGAUUAGUGACGGACGUCCCGCAGGCAGAUCGGCGCGCGCCUAAGGGAGAACACCCCGGAAAUCGGCGGCGGGAAGACAGGAAGAGGACUAUCGCUCGUUAAAUGCAUCAUUAAAGCAGGAGAUAUGCGACUCUACGCUGUUGCUCUUGUCAUAUGGGCGGCAACAAUAACAGCAUUUUCGGUACCCAACGUCGCAAAUUUAAGUGAUGAAAAGGCUGUAGAUUACACGGAGCUUCGUGAUUUGCCGGAGAAGCGAGCAGAUGUGGAAGCGAGAAGUUUCGAGAUCACCGGGGAUCAUCGUCAUCAUCCUGACGUCGGUUCGAGAGGAUCAGCUGACGCGAAGGGCUCGUUUGACGUUUCUCCCACUUCGGAGGCCAUUUACGCGACGCCGGUCGCCGAAACGAUCGACGGAUAUCCGUUUCAAGAGCGGAGUCGCGAGUCAGGAUACGCCGUCCCCGAAGAGCAGAUCCUCCUCGUCGAGAAUGCCGGCAGUUUUGGCCAGAAGGUCUGGCAAGAUCAUCCGAGAGGCAGAACUAAACCUCGGAAGGACGACGGCUACGCGAGUUUCCGGAAGUCCCACGUCGUUUCCGGUAGCACCGCGUCGCCGCUUCGAUCUUACGUGACGGUGACGUCGGAACCUUACGUGUUCGCGUUGAAGAAAGAGCACGACAUGGCGGAUGAAGGUCAUCUUCCAAGGUCAUCUUCCAAGGACGAUUCCGAAGUGAUUGAAUCCAAAGUACCUGAGGAAAAAAAAGAGAACAAAGUGGUCAAUUCUAUUGAAAGUAUGGGAGAAUCCUCGGCAUCGACUAAUGUCGCUUCUUCGAUCCUAGAGGAAAAUAACGUCGUACCUGAAGAUCCUCAGCCUCCACGAGCAAGGUCGUCCCGAGCUUACGACAACGGUACGGAUGAAGAAACUGCGGAAGGACCUGUCAAAAAGAGCGUCGUGCGAGUGUCCUCGUCGACGUCCGUGGAAAUCAGUCCCUCGUUGCAGCCGGUCAAGUUUUCGGGUCCCAUCGUCGUAGCUGAUCUGGCUAGCAAAGAGACUCCGGUUGAUUAUCCUGACGAAGCGGCCGAGGUGUCGUUGCCGUUCAGGUCGGCUGAGAACGUUGAAAUCGCGCCAGGAAGCUACGCCGAAGGCUCCCAAUCGUCGAUUCCUCUCAACGACGAUGACAUAGCGACGUCCUCGAUCAUGUUGAACCCUCUCCAGGUGGGGAUCGCCCUGGUGAACGCCGAUGAGACCAGUUUGACGAAUGACAACGAGCAAUCCGCCGCGACGGAUAGCAAGGAUUACGCUCAGGACUACCUCCAGGACGAGCUGCAGCGUCUGUCGACGGUGGAUAAAAAGUUAGUCGAGAGCGACGUCGAGAAUCGAUCGCGGGUCGAUUAUAAGGACGAGAGAGAAGGAGAGAAGGCUGAGUCGGUUGAGACUGUCGUGCAGAAGGUACCUGAGAAUUCCGUCGAGAUUCAGAAGUCGGUCGAAAUUUUCCAUACCGCACCCGUGCACGAGAUCCAUUAUCCUCCGGUGUACAUCCAGCAGACCUCCAAUCUCGGUGUCAUCGAGUCGAAUAAUAUCGGGAGAGCCAAUCAGCCGUACGGUCAGGAUGAACAAUCGGAAUCACGGAUGAAUUACGAUGCCUAUCGAGGUAACGAGCCGAACGUCGUCAAGGCGCAGCUUCCGGAGCAGAUGAAGCUCACCCGAAACCGAUACAACUCCCUCGAGGACGAUGCCCUUGGUAAAGCAACAACCUCAGCUGUCAUCACCGAAUACUCGUCGUCGUCGGGUGAGCAAACUCCCGUAGAAUCGCAGUCCUACAAGUACAAUGACGUGCAUCAUCCGGUUCUGCUGGUGCCGAAUCAGUUCGAGGAGACGUCGUACGAUCAGUCCGAUGUGCGGCACAAUUUCAAGGACGACGUGUCGGCGCACGCUGCCAAGCUUCUCACCUAUGGAGGCACUUCGAGGCAGGAAUCGGCGAGCGAAAUCUAUCGAUCCGAUCAGCAGCAACCGAUUACCGAUCACCAGUUUCGCACCUCGGAGAUAAGACGACCGGAAGCGUCGCCUCAGCAGCUCCUUCUCAAGAUCAUCCCCGAGGGCUCCGUGGACAACGGCUUCGUGGUACCGAUCCCUCGGCCCUUCCCGAUCGAGAAGAUCAUCGAGAAGACGGUCCACGUGCCGCAUCCGAUCGAGAUCGAGAAGCUGAUCGAGAGGAAGGUGCCGUAUCCGGUGGAACGGGUGGUCGAGAAGCGGGUCCAGGUGCCGGUGACGGUUCCCCAGGCGUAUCCGCAGAUGCACGUGCAGGUACCGAUGCUCGAGAAGCAGAUGAUACGCUUGCCCCAGUCUGUCUAUCCGGUCCACGUGAUCGAGAGAAGAGUUCCGUACACGGUGCAGCGAGUUCUGGUGCAGCCUGUCCCGUCGUAUCAGCUGCGACUCCAGCAGGCUUCGACGACCCAGGAGAAGCCGGCGACCCCGUCAAGGUCAUCCGCGGGGUCUCGACCCUAUCGCUCGGACGCGGAGAGACCCGUCGACCUGCUUGACAGCUCGAAGAUCAACGAUGUACCUGGAAAAUAUCGACUUAAGUCUCCGACUUCCGGAAAACCCCUUCGUGACUCCGAGUCGCAAAAUGAGGGAAAUACCUCACGGUUUUAUAGUUCUUCCAUUCCUCCCUAUGGAAGACCUUUGACGUACGAUUACAACAUCGAUGUUGGCAAAGGCUACGUCCCCUUCAGCGACGUCAAGCUGAUGAUUCUGCCGAGGAAGUACAGCAACCACGUGGUCCUGCGACCCCAUCAGACGACGGUGCCGCUUCGCCAGAUUGUGUACAACCUGGUGGAGAAGAACAAGGACGAUAAUUACCUGGGUCCGACGCCGCCGCGGAAGACCUCGCAGAGCAAGUCGCAGUCUUCUUCGUCCUCAUCCUCGUCCUCGGCAGCUCUGAGGCGAUCCAGGCAUCCGGAUACCCAGUAUCCCGGAAGUUUCAGACAGUCCAAGAUGGAGUACGGCUUCAAGCCGCCUAUGGUACCGUCGGUGCAAUACGACGAGUUGACCGCGACUCAAGUGGAGAAUUAACGCGAUCGUCCACGAUAGCGAUUUCAAUAGUAGAAAUGCGUAACGAGGCAUCUCAAGGACGUCCUUAGGUAUCUCAAGGAAGGAGAUUUUUAUAUGCGUCUUGCGUUAUUCGGAUUUAUAUACAAGAAAUGAAUCGAUAGAGGAGGAUUCAUUCCUCCUUCGAAAUGUAACGCAAAUUUCAUCAUUUAUUUUGUUUGUAUAUUUAUUUGUUACGAAAAUUCGUACUUUUUAAUUGAUAUUGAUUUUAAUUGAUAGUGAUAUCAAAAAUGUUUUUUUU